GUCGGAUGUGCCCAGGCGGUACGGACGCUUGGACAGAUUUGUCACCGACGCAGGAAGAUUCAAAGCACAACUCUGGCCGGAGGUGCCCUUAAUCAUUGCUCUUGCUCUUACACUUUGAUUUUUUUCCUGACAAUUGCCGAUUCAGCCCUUGAUUUGGCGCGUGGGGCCUGCUUUCUUCAGCCCCAUCUGCUCCGCUAUUUUGGUCCAGUAAUUCGAGAUAGCUGGCCCAACAUGUUCAUGAGUAUCCACCUAAACGUCUCCACUCCUUUCUCGCUCAACGUCCGUGCCAUGGCGCACUGGAUCAUUAGUCGCUUAGUUUUGGCCUUCAUCGAGGUUUGUCAUUGUUCAUUGCCAUCGGAGGCUGGUACGCCACGUAGCAUUCGCUCAACCAGCCUCGAGGCAGCUGAUUAG